UUUAUCAGCAGGGAUUUCUGGGAAGCGGUCCUCAUGGUAACCAACGUAAACAUCAGCUCCUCUUCUACGUCGUCUCGGCUUUACAGUAGUGCGAAAAUGGCCAAAAUAGCCAACACGGGUUGCAACGAGGACAAGUAUUAUGAAAACAUAUCAUCGAUUCAACAAGGCAUGCAUAAGAGGGAGACACGAAGGCUUGAGCUGGAGAGGGAACUGUUUGCCUAUUCAAGAUCUGAUAUAAGAAUCUCACAGAUAAAGUGUUCCAAACUGCGCAGUUAUCUCAAGGAAAUCUGUGACAGGGAAGCACGAGCGAAAAUGAGAAACCUUGAGCUUCUGAGAGAGGUGGAGAGCAUAGAAAUUAGCAUGAAGGAAUAUACUCCUGACCAUGGCCCUCUGCAACAACAAAAGGCUGAAUAUUUCAAAAAGAUCUCCAGUAUUGUGGAUGCAAGAAAGAAACUGGAACAAGAGCCUGAUGCAAAAAAGAAUGAAGCUAUGCCGACAUAUCACGAGGACAGUUCCUUUUUACACCCAACCAAGAAUUUUUCUAAACCAACUGCGGCGAUUUUUAUGGGCCGCCAGACCUCCAGAGGGUCUGACGCUGAAGCUGGCACCACAAGUGUACACUCACACCAAGCAUUGCAUCGUUCACCCAAUCGCAGCAUGCACUCCCGCGAACGUCUACCAAGUGGCCUUUUGAAGGACUUCAGAGUUGUAGGAGAGGAAGCUGCCGGCAACGGAGCACAUUUAUCAGAUGACAUUUCAGGCUCAAACGAUUCCCCUGACGGCUGUAAUUUGAGUGACAAACAUGAAAGAACGGUGCCUGUGCUCCCAUCUGUUUGUGACUUAACAGGCACAGCUGGCAAUGUGCCUUUUGGAAGUGAUGAUGAAGAAGAGCCAUCACCUUUGAUGACCUUGACCAGGCCUGAGAAGAAUCCGUCUCCUGGCAGCAGUAGCCCCAUGAAGGCUAAGAAUUCCCCUGCAGAACACACUGAGUCCCGAGACGUGGCUCAUCAGUCGACCAUAAUGGAAAAUGAAGAGAGAGGUCCUAGCAAUUUGAUGCCUCAAGCCACUUUUGGAAAAGAAGCUCAAGAUACACCAGGUAGAAGUGAGAGUGUCAGCACACUGAGCUCUGAUGUGCAGUUGUCAGAGAGUAGUGUUAGUGAAUUGUCCAUCUCUUUGACACAAUCGGAGCUGGAAGAGGAUCCACCAGAGGGUGUGGCACCUGACAGGAAGACCACUUCUGGGAGAGAUGAUGAUCACAAUCAACACAGUCCUGUAUCAUCCCUGCACUCUGAAGGGUCCAAGAACACAUCCCAGUUAAACUUUGAAUCCCCAGCUCCCGUGGUGACAUUGGAAAGUCUCUCCCAGAAAGGACUCUUUACUCUGCUGGACUGCAUUGAAGGACGACUCCACGGUGACCGGACCAGUGUGUAUGUGGAUUCUUCAAUAGAUGCAAGACAACUCAAUAGAAUUAUCAGCCUUUGUAACGGUGGAUCGAGCUUGAAAGACGAGGACCUUGAAGCAUGUGGAGCAGUCAUCCUUCAUGAGCUUCAGAGGUUGUCAUGGAGCACAGCAAAGGGCUGCCUGCUUCCACAGGAUCUAGUGAGUGCUCACCGAUCCUGUACUGAACCUAAUGAAAUAAGCGCCAGCCUCCCUCCUGAUGCUGCUCGGCUGUGGGAUCGCUGGUUCAAGCACGCCCUCCUGCUCAAGGAGCGCUGUGUCCUCAGCACUGAGCGCUUAGUCCAGCUGUUCACGCCGCUGCUGCUGGAGCGCCAUGCCACCUACAGCCACCAGGCCAAAGUGCUGCUGAGGACACUUGUGUCCCGGUCCAGUGAGGAGUGCCCCUCAGCAGAGGACGCGAGCGACUUGUCUUCUUCGUGUGGUCCUCCUUCUCUCCUGGCUGACGGAUAUGUGAAGCCCGCCAGGCCAGUAGGAAAGCAACAGAUGCAAGAACUACAAAGUACUGAAGAGGACAGCCAGGACGAAAGCCCUGUGGAAAGUGUUCCUAUUAGAGAGACAAAAGCAUAUCAGUUACUCAAACAAUCAGCCAUGCAGGAAAGGCUGCAGUGUUCUGAAGAGGAGGAGGAGGAGGAGGAGGAGGACGAUGAUAAUGAUGGCCUCUCAGGAAUAAAUCAUGGCUGUGAAGAGGACCUGGGGAGGGCCAAACGCUCCUCACAUCAAGACCCUUACCCUCGAAAAGAGAAGACUAACGCAAAGGCUCUUUCUGCUCUACAGUCAAAAGCUUUCUGGGGGGAAUCCGAUGACAGCAACUCAGAGAUCGAAGCAGUCUUGUGUCCUCAACGCUUCAACACAAACAAUCAUAUUGAUGACUUCUAUGACUGAAAUUCCCCCACGGAUAUAUUUGUGACGCACAUUCAUUAUAUCACUGCAGAUUCAAGGCAGUUUGGCUCACAGUAAUUCACCUCCUGACCAUCAUUUUAGUGGUCUGCAAUGUAAAUCAUAUGCAUAGUGUAUCGUAAAAACAAAUAAUAAAGUUGACAGCUCUCACGCUGGGUAAAGUACAUGAAGAGUUGUCCAACACUCUGAUGUUAACCCUGCUUCAGUCUCUUUAUCUGAACAACUCUCCCGGCUCAUAAUAACAGCUCGAAAUAGAUUAAACUGAUCUUUUAAAGCGAUUUGUUUGCACUAGGCUGAAAAUCAUGCAUUUUGAAUGCCGCAAGCAUCUCCGAGUGCUCUACCUCCAGCAUGCUCGAGUGUAAUGAUGUGAGUCACCUGUGAAAUGACAAAGCACAAUGGCCACUCUGCACGCUGCUGCCCGAACUGUGAACCUGCUGAAGAGGCCCAUCUCCCAGGGCACAAAGUGUUGUAGCGCUCACAAACUCCGAAUAUUUAGAUCCUCCAACUGCUCUACACAUGUUUUCUACAAGCUCGUCUUUAAUAACUGUACUCAUUCUACAGAAACACAAAGAUGCAUAUCUCACUUCUUAUCUUUGUUGUGCAAAUGAGUCCCGAGAAGCAUAAUUGCUGCUGAAACAAUCUUCUGCAAUUUUAUCAUUUUUGCAGUAUUGAAUGGUCUGUAUCUAUUAAUAACUCAGAGCUGCUGUGUGGGAGGCUACAUUUCCAAGUUUACAUUUAUAGUUCAUUAUGUCUGCAGUGUAAAUUCCCAAAACUGCCAUUCCUGGAUGUGGUAAAAGCCCCUGGCAUUCAGUGUCAGCAGGAUUCCAUUAGUCAGCUGUAGGUGACUUUACAUGCCUGAACCUUUUAAAGUAGGACUCCACAUUCAUUACCUAUAAUGGCUUCAGACAGCCCUGACCCACCACAGAAAAGGGACUGUGGCAGAAUAAUUUGGAGUUUGCUAAAAGGCUCCCUAACAUAAUAUCCAUGUUAAGGAGCAUGUCAACAGAUACUUGUGUGUGACAGAUGGCUCACGGUGGAAGUGGAGUUAUAUUGUGCUAAUGUGUACUAACACAAUACAUUUUUUUUUUUUUAAAAGAACUUCUCUGAUGCCAUGUCAGGGCGACGAUGAGGAUCAUAUUCGGCUCAUUCUUUUAAGAGCACGUGCAGUCACACUGUCAUUGGAGGACGUGAGGUUUUAUGUGGCAGUUAAGGGAUGAUAUCAAUAUAGCGAGUAACUCAAUUCAAAUCAGAGAUGUUGCAACAUUACCUCAUCUGUUAUGUAUAUGUUGAAAUGUGUGUUUAUUUUGAUUUAUUAGAUCAUGUCAUCAGAUAUAAACUCUUCUCUGUCUCCAAACAUAUAUUUUUAAUAUGAUUGUAAAAAUGACUUGUAAUGCUGUACAGAAAAGCAAUAGUUUUUCACCUGAACCUUUUGUUAUGUGUAUUUUUCCUCAUAAUAAAGUAUAUUUUUUCAGCUAUAAGAACAUGGGUAUCUGGAGGAAGUCGUCUUUCAGUGAAGCCCCACCUUUAAAACAUGCUGUGCCUUCACAUUUCACUUCCACUUCAGUAAAUACAUUAAACCAGAGAGACUACCAUAACUCGUGAGCUUCAAUGCUACCUGUGUACGUGACACUAAAGGGGAAGGGUCCUAGAAAUCCAAAGGAAAAUUUAGUUUUUUUUUCUCGGUGGUUUGAUCAUUCCUGUCAAGCAAUAGCUCAUGUUUCUUUAGAACACUUAAAUAAAAUGUCGAUAUCUUUUCAAACAGCA